GUUUGUGCAUAUUAAAUUAAAUAAAAUAUAUUUUUAUACAGUAUAGUUUUAUACACCAAACAUAUACAACAAAUAUUACUCACAAACAAUCAAAUAAAGUUUCUUUAAAAUGUCUACAAAACGUAAACUAAAUGAUGUGAUGAUAGAAGAUGGGGAGCUCUUGCAGAAUUUUAGUAAUAAGAAACAACAAGUUAUAUUGAAUGAGAAUAAACACUCGUUGGAUUCUGAUGAAGACGACAGUGAAGAUGAUUUUGAUCAUAUGGACAAUCAUGAGAUUGAAGGCGAGGAGGAUUGUGAAAUAUUUAAAGAAGGAGAGGUUCAAAUUACGCCUUUCAACAUGAAAGAAGAACUUCAAGAGGGCCAUUUUGAUAACCAAGGACACUACCAUUGGAAAAAAGAUGCCGACGCAGAUCUUAAAGAUCACUGGCUCGAUAAUAUUGAUUGGGUUAAGAUUAAAGAAACGACAGAUGGUAAAGCAAAAAUAAAAGAGGAGAGUGAUGAUGACGAUGAACCUAAUUCUUCCUUCGAUUUGAUUGAAUCUUAUAAAAAGAUGCUGGAAUUCAUGAAGCCAAACGAGACUGUUUUAAAAACGUUGCAAAGGCUUGGUAAAUCUUCAAAAAUAUCGUCAGCCCAACGAUGGAAAAACAAAAAACUGGGCAUUGUGGAUCCGAAUGCUGAACUGGUCACAAAUCUGACAUCGCUGGCCAACGAGGUCCUCACCAAAAUGGGCGACAUGGACAUUUAUCAGCAAACGUACGAGCAAAUUCAGCAGCAAAUCGGCAAGGAGCAGAACAAGAGGCCAACUGCAUCCACCGAGCUCGACAUGUACGCCGACGACUUCGACGAGAAGGAAAAGGCUAAAAUGUCGUCGAAUGUGGAGGAGGAGGCAAAUCCCAUCGACGAUGGUAAAGGACUCAUGUGGGAAUUCAAGUGGGGCACCUCGGACGCCGACCAGGUUCAUGGGCCCCAUUCCACCGAGCAAAUGCAGGAGUGGGUCAGUAACGGGUAUUUCAAGACGGGUGUCUGGGUCAGAAAAGUUGGUAGCGAGGGAGAGUUUCAUACAUCGAAUAGGAUCGAUUUUGAAUUGUAUUUGUGA